CUCUGCGCCAUCUUCAGCCGCCGACAUGAAGGUCGAACUGUGCAGCUUCAGUGGGUACAAGAUCUACCCGGGCCACGGCAAGCGCUACGCCAGGAUCGAUGGCAAGGUUUUUCAAUUCCUGAAUUCAAAAUGCGAGUCAGCAUUCCUAUCCAAGAGAAACCCUCGACAGAUCAACUGGACUGUCUUGUAUAGACGCAAGCACAAAAAGGGGCAAUCUGAAGAGAUUCAGAAGAAGCGCUCUCGCCGUGCAGUGAAGUUUCAAAGAGCUAUCACUGGUGCCUCUCUGGCUGAGAUUUUGGCUAAGAGGAAUCAGAAGCCUGAAGUGCGCAAGGCUCAGCGUGAACAAGCAAUCAGGGCUGCCAAAGAAGCUAAGAAGGCCAAGGCUGCAACGAAAAAAGUCACUGCACCCACAACUAAGGCUCCUCAGAAGUCAGUAGGCAAACAAAAGUUUGCCAAGCCAAUGAAGACUCAGGCUCCACGUGUUGGUGGAAAACGCUGAAGAUUAUAAAUAACCAUUCAGUGUUUUCAGUAAUAAAGCCUG